AUGCUGGGAAGCGCCGAGUUGAGCUUCAAUGUGGACCAUGGCUACCUGGAGGGGCUGGUGCGAGGCUGCAAGGCCGGCCUCCUGACCCAGCAGGACUACCUCAACCUGGUCCAGUGCGAGACCCUGGAGGAUCUGAAAGUUCACCUGCAGACCACCGAUUACGGCAACUUCUUGGCUGAUCAAACGAAUCCUCUCACCGUUUCCAAAAUCGACACGGAGAUGAGGAAGAAGCUGUGCGGGGAGUUUGAGUAUUUCCGGAAUCACUCCCUGGAGCCGCUGAGCACCUUCUUCACCUACAUGACGUGCGGCUACAUGAUCGACAACGUGGUCCUGCUGCUGGGCGGGGCGCUGCAGAAGAAGUCCGUGCGGGACCUGCUGGGCCGGUGCCACCCGCUGGGCCGCUUCUCGGAGAUGGAGGCCGUCAACAUCGCCGAGACGCCCUCCGACCUCUUCCACGCCAUCCUGGUGGAGACGCCCUUAGCACCGUUCUUCCAGGACUGCAUGUCUGAAAACACCCUCGAUGAGCUGAACAUCGAAGUUCUGCGCAACAAGCUGUACAAGUCGUACCUGCAGGCGUUCUACAACUUCUGUAAGGAUCACGGUGACGUCACCGCGGGAGUCAUGUGCCCCAUCCUUGAGUUUGAGGCUGACAGGCGAGCCUUCAUCAUCACCCUCAACUCCUUCGGCACCGAGCUGAGCAGAGAGGCCCGGGAGGCCCUCUACCCGACCUGCGGCCGGCUCGGCCCCGAGGGCCUGCGCCUGCUGGCCCAGGCGCAGGACUUCGAGCAGAUGAAGAGGGUGGCGGACCACUACGAGGUGUACAAGCCGCUGCUGGAGGCUGUGGGUGAGGGCAGCGCGGGGAAGUCGCUGGAGGACGUGUUUUACGAGCAGGAGGUGAAGCUGAACCUGCUGGCGUUCUCCAGGCAGUUCCACUGCGGCGUCUUCUAUGCCUACACAAAGCUGCGGGAGCAGGAGAUGAGGAAUGUCGUGUGGAUAGCCGAGUGCAUCUCCCAAAGGCAUCGCACCAAGAUCAACAGCUACAUCCCCAUCCUGUGA